UUUUCAUCAACUAGUGGUGAAGUGCCUAAAUUCAUGGAAGGAUGCCUUAUUGGUUCGAAAUGCAGCAAGAAUUAACAUUCCCGAGUUUGAGAUGAUCUUAGAUCUGUGGAAAGAAGGAUGUGAUAUUGGUAUGAAAGUUUGUCAAACUGGAGAGCAUCAUCACUCGCUAUUGCCGGUAAAGGAGACCAUAGGAAAUCACCUUCGACAGAUCAUCAAAAGCCAGUACUCAGAUUAUCAUACAAAGAAUGCAUCAAAUGUACCAGUGGGCAACAUGAUGGAACGAAACUAUGGCAUGGUCUCUGGAUUUGGAUGAUGGUUGUGUUGCCACUACUGAGACGGUCUGUCCAAAGAUGCAUCCAAUAGACGUACCUACUCAAUGGAUCUCCAGUGAUCAGGAGAUUGGUGAAACGCAAUUCGGACUAACCACUGAAUCUAAUGAACACAGUUCUGAAGGUUCCCAACCAGCAAUAGGUAUUGUUGCAGCAGUCGAAUACGAAUAUCAAUCAAUAUUGCUUAUGUUUGAUGCUCCACCUGUGGAAUAUAAUGGUAAAACAAAUCCAAAUGAUCCAAACUACUACCAGGUUGGACUAGUCGGAGGAAAGAAGGUUGUAAUGACACGACUUCCUGCUGGGAUGGUUGGAGAGAACAGUGCUGCAGUAACUGUCGCACGUCUCUGUCAUGCAUUCAGCACCUUAGAGUUGAUAUUCAUGGUAGGUGUUGCUGGUGGAGUACCUAAUUAUCAGUAUAACGAAGCCAGUGCAAUGAAAUCCACAGAGUAUACUCGUCCACAUGUUCGCAAGGGUGAUGUUAUUGUCUCGUAUCCAAUUGAAGACAGAGGUCCUGCCUUUGUGCAUUAUGACUACGGGGAAAUAAUGUGUGUUCUUGCCACACGUAACUCUGGGCAAAAAAUCCAACGUAAGCAGCACAUUAAGCUUAACCCCAAAGCACUGAAUGCAGCUCGAGAAGUUAAGCGCAAUUCUAAGGUUUUGGGUGAGCUAAUUGGUGCCACAAUCAACAAAGUGCAGAAAGUAGGGUUUCAGAGACCUGCUGAUGAGGAGGAUGUCUUGCCAGAAGAGUAUAAUACCAUGGUUGACUUGACCGAAGCAAUAGGGCAAGGUAUUAAAAAGGCUGCAAGAGAAGAUCUUAAAAAAGAAAAACGACCAUCGGCCCUGUUUGAUAAGCUGCGUGAAAUGGAAUACCUAACAAAAUCUAAUCCAGGUAAACUAAUGCAAUUACUUGAGAAAGCAGAACGGUUUGAUUUAGCUUUAAAAGUUAAAGUCAGAUUUAGAAUGGGAUUCGAUAGAGAGGUGAAACAAGAAGAAUUGAAGAUUGAAGUGGAAAGAGAAAAGGAGCGUGAACAAGCCUCAAGUGCUACUGAUCCAAUUUCUACACAAGUUCAGGAGAUUAGUGAGACGCAACGCGGACUAAUUUCUGAAGGUUUCCAACCAGCAAUAGGAAUUGUUGCGGCAGACGAAUACGAAUAUCAAUCAAUAUUGCUUAUGUUCGAUGCGCCACCUGUAGAAUAUAAUGGUAAAACAACUCCAAACGAUCCACACUACUACCAGGUUGGACUCGUCAGAGGAAAGAAGGUUGUAAUGACACAACUUUCUGUUGGGAUGGCUGGAGAGUACAGUGCUGCAGUAACCGUCACAUAUCUCUGUGAUGCAUUCAGCGCCAUACAGUUGAUAUUCAUGGUAGGUGUUGCUGGUGGAGUACCUAAUUAUCAGUACAACGAAGCCAGUGCAAUGAAAACAAAGUAUACUCGUCCACAUGUUCGCAAAGGCGACGUUAUUGUCUCGUACCCAAUUGAAGCUGGCGGCCCUGCCUUUGUGCAUUAUGACUACGGGGAAAUAAUGUCUGUUCUUGGCACACGUAAUUCUGGGCAAAAAAUCCAAUGUAAGCAGCACAUUAAGCUUGACCCAAAAGCACUGAAUGCAGCUCAAGACUUUAAGUGCAACUCUAACGUUUUACGUAGUCUAAUUGAUGCCACAAUCAACAAAAUGGAUAAUCUACAGAAACUGGGUUUUCAGAGACCUGCUGAUGAGGAGGAUGUAUUGCCAGAUGGUGAACCAAAAGUUCAUUUCGGAAUAAUGGCCUCUACAAACAGUGCAAUGCGAAAUACAAAAGUCCGAGAUUAUUUAGCUGUGACUGAAAAUGUUAUUGGAUUUGAGAUGGAAAACAGCGGCAUCGCUACUGCUACUGACAUUCCUUCCAAAGGAUGUAUGUUCGUGAGGGGUGUGUGUAACUACUCAGUUGGUUAUAAACAUGGCAGAUGGAACCGAUAUGCAGCUCUAGCUGCAGCGACUGUCUCUAAAUGCAUCAUAGAGAAUCUAAAAAUGUGA